GUAUGUAGAUAUGAUCGCAAAUCCUGAGGUAGCUGAUAUAUUUCGGAAAAGAGCAAAGAUUGUAUCAGAGAUACGGAAGACGGUGGAAUCAUUAGGCUUUGUCGAAAUUGAAACACCAGUUUUACAGGGAGCAGCUGGUGGAGCUGAGGCUAGGCCAUUUGUUACAUACCAUAAUUCUCUUGGGAGAGAUCUUUAUUUGAGAAUUGCAACUGAGCUCCAUUUAAAGAGAAUGCUGGUGGGGGGAUUUGAAAAAGUAUAUGAGAUGGGCCGGAUCUUCAGAAAUGAAGGCAUUUCAACUCGUCAUAAUCCGGAAUUUACCACUAUAGAGAUGUACGAAGCAUAUUCAGACUACCAAAGCAUGAUGAACAUGGCAGAAGAAAUUGUGAUUCAAUGUUCUCUUGCAGUCCAUGGGAAGCUUACCAUUGAUUAUCAGGGAGUAGAAAUAUGUUUAGAACGACCUUGGAGGAGGGACACCAUGCACAAUCUUGUCAAAGAAGUCACUGGGAUUGAUUUCAUUGAGUUGGGCAAUGAUCUUAGAGCUGCUAAAGAAAUUACUAUUAAGACACUUGGUGCUGGCCUUGAAAAUAAAGACAAAUGUUCUAUUGAAUCAUGCCCAUCUGUUGGCCACGUGCUUAAUGAGGUUUUUGAGAUUGAGGUAGAACCAAAGUUGCUGCAGCCUACAUUUGUCUUGGACUACCCAAUUGAGAUAUCUCCUCUGGCCAAACCACACCGAAGGCAUGCAGGGCUGACUGAGAGAUUUGAAUUAUUUAUUUGUGGUCGAGAACUGGCAAAUGCAUUCUCUGAACUAACUGACCCUGUGGAUCAGGUGACGAACUUUUCAGGAUGAAUUUCUUGGUUUUGGCUAUUCAAUAAUAAAAGGGUGUUGGUCGGGCUGGGUUGAGACAGGAUAAUGCGGUUAUAUUAUAUCCAUCAAAAACCAUUUCGUGAAAAUCAAAACAAGCCAACUUGAAAAGUGUAGUGCCAAGGUUCUUGUUCUGUUUUGGCCUACUGAAUCACUGAUGGUCUUCUUAGCGCAAUGCUGAAUUCUUUUAUUAAUGGACUUUAAGAUUUGGAAUGCUCUUCCCUUGAACCUUAAACAGCAGACUUGUAUUUCUUCAAUACCAUGAUUGCUGUAAAUUGCCUUUUCCCAUUGUGAUGGGAUAGUGGUGGAUUUAUGGAAGGUCUCCUGUUUUCUUUACUGUCACUUUCUUUUAGUUUGCAAAAUAAAAGAAGAUAUAUGUUUUUUUGAAAAAUGUAUCCAAGAGCUAGUCUUCACUGAAACCAAUCAUCCAUGAAAGGUUUAUCGGUAUGAUGUUUUUAUAGAGUACAAUCAGAAAAUGUUGUGGAGUUGAUGUUUUGAUGAAGAGUUUAAACACAAGAGCAGUUGGGUGUAGUAUAAAUUAUCUUUUGUUGGUGAUGGCCACAACCUUUCUGUCUAUUGAAUUUAGUAGCUAUUGCUGCAGAAAAAAAAGAAUGAAAAGAAUUAUUUGGCUUACCCAUGUAUGAGGUGGAGGCCAUAUAUAAUAGAUUCAUGAAACAAUUUAGGAAAUGAUAUAAAUAAGGAAACAAUACUAAAUCAGUGAUUGACACAAUUACAGAUUAUAUACAUAAUACUAAAAAUAAAAAGAUUUUAUGUACUCUAAUUUCUAUAUUCAACACUCCCUCUCAAGCUGGUGUGAAGAUGUUCAACAAUUGCAGCUUGCCAAUGGAUGACUGGAAAAAGUCGGAAAAAACUCAACGGCUAGUCCAAAUAAAUGCUACCGAACAAAUCUGGUAGUCCACUAAAUGAAAGAGGCUAAAAAAGUGCUUAAUACAUCAGUAUCACACCCUAAAAAGUGAAAAAAAAUAGGGAUUGAACUGCCCUAGAAGACCUACCAAAGCAUCUAUAGCCAAGAAACACUUUUUUCAACAACCAACAAGACUCUGGUCGGCAUCAGAGGCCGGAGCUAAUGUCGGGAGAUAGCUUAUGGUCGUGCCAGACCGUUGUAGAAACUGGUUGGAACUAAUGUCGGGAUAGCUUGAGGUCACGCUGGACUGUUGUAGGAACUGACCGUAAUCAAUGUCGGGAUCAGUGUUGUGAAAAAUGCGCCUAGGCGCAAGGUGAAGUGAAGCGCAUGGUUUGCACCUGGACAGGUCCCAGGCGAGGCGAGUUGAGUUAGGCGCACGCCUUAGACGCGACUUGAACCAGUCGACAGCGGCGCAAGGCACACGACUAGGCAUGCUUGAUUUUUCGAAUGGCUCUUAACCACAGAUCUGAUCUAACGGCUGCGGGGUGUGUUUUGAAUGGCUCUUAACCACAGAGGAUUACAACUCAUGCACAAUAUGGCCCAAAUACGACUGAAAUGAACCCUAACCUACGUCAUCUCUUCCUCUCUCGCCUCGCCUUGGACUGCGACUUCGACUGGACUGCUCGACUUCUUCUUCGACUUCAUUGGUAUGCUUCGCCAUCUUCUU